AUGGAGUUCUCUUUUGCCAAACUUGACCUAGUGAGGCCAUUGAAACAGUCCAGCAGAUCCAUCUGUGAGAUAACAGACCCAGCUGAGGCAGCUACCUGGAGCUAUUUGCAGGACCAGUUUGACAACUUAGAAAAACACACGCAAUGGGGUAUUGAUGUUCUGGAAAAAUACAUCAAGUUUGUAAAGGAAAGAACAGAGAUUGAACUCAGCUAUGCAAAGCAGCUUAGGAAUCUUUCAAAAAAAUACCAACCCAAAAAGAACUCCAAAGAAGAGGAAGAAUACAGGUACACAUCAACUAGAGCCUUCCUAGCCACUUUAAAUGAAAUGAAUGACUAUGCCGGACAGCAUGAGGUCAUUUCAGAGAACAUGACCUCUCUUAUCACUGGAGAGUUAACACGCUAUGUGCAGGAGCUGAAACAAGAGAGGAAAUCGCACUUCCACGAUGGCAGAAAGGCACAACAACAUAUUGAAACUUGCUGGAAACAACUUGAAGCAAGUAAAAGGCGAUUCGAACGUGACUGCAAAGAAGCUGACCGAGCACAGCAGUAUUUUGAGAAAAUGGAUGCUGACAUCAAUGUUACAAAAGCAGAUGUUGAAAAGGCAAGACAGCAAGCCCAGCUGAGACAUCAGAUGGCAGAAGACAGCAAAGCGGAAUAUUCUUCCACUCUACAGAAGUUCAACAGCGAGCAGCAUGAUCAUUACUACACACACAUACCAAACAUCUUCCAGAAAAUACAAGAGAUGGAGGAAAGAAGAAUCGUGAGGAUAGGCGAAUCCAUGAAAACUUUCGCAGAAGUCGACCGCCAAGUGAUCCCUAUCAUUGGAAAGUGUCUGGAUGAAAUAACAAAGGCUGCAGAAUCGAUUGAUCACAAGAAUGAUUCACAGCUGGUAAUAGAAGCCUUUAAAUCAGGGUUCGAGCCUCCAGGAGAUAUCGACUUCGAGGACUUCACGCAGCCGAUGAAGCGGACUAUCUCAGAAUCUAGCCUUUCCAACUCCAGAGGGGAUGGGAAGUAUGAGCCGAAGUUUGGUGGCAAAUCCAAGGGCAAGUUAUGGCCGUUCAUCAAGAAAAAUAAGCUUAUGUCCCUUUUAACAUCCCCCCAUCAGCCCCCUCCCCCUGCCUCUGCCUCACCCUCUGCUGUUCCCAACGGCCCCCAGUCUCCCAAGCAGCAAAAGGAACCCCUCUCCCAUCGCUUCAACGAGUUCAUGACCUCCAAACCCAAAAUCCACUGCUUCAGGAGCCUAAAGCGCGGGCUUUCUCUCAAGCUGGGAGCAGGGCCGGAGGACUUCAGCCAUCUCCCACCUGAGCAAAGAAGAAAGAAACUUCAGCAAAAAGUUGAUGAACUGAACAAAGACAUUCAGAAGGAGAUGGAUCAAAGAGAUGCCUUAACGAAAAUGAAAGAUGUUUAUAUCAAGAACCCACAGAUGGGAGAUGCAGCGAGUGUGGACCAGAGAUUAGCAGAACUUGGACAGAACAUUGAAAAGUUACGAUUAGAAGUUCAGAAGUUUGAGGGCUGGCUGGCCGAGGUGGAGGGCAGGUUACCCAUGCGGACUGAGCAGGCUCGGCGGCAGAGCGGACUGUACGAAGCCCAGAACACGUCAGCAGUGAACAGCUGCGCGCAGGACCGGGAGAGCCCGGAUGGCAGUUACACAGAAGAGCAAAGUCAGGAGACUGAGAUGAAAGUACCUGCAACGGAUUUUGAUGAUGAAUUUGAUGAUGAAGAACCACUACCCACCAUAGGAACAUGUAAAGCGCUCUAUACAUUUGAAGGUCAGAAUGAAGGAACAAUUUCUGUAGCAGAAGGAGAAAUGCUCUAUGUAAUAGAAGAAGACAAAGGUGACGGGUGGACACGAAUCCGAAGGAACGAAGAUGAGGAGGGCUAUGUCCCUACGUCGUAUGUUGAAGUCUAUUUGGACAAAAAUGCCAAAGAUGUGUACAAAUCACUUCAGAAAAUCUCUGAGUAG